CUUGUCCAAUCAGCGCGCGGCACCGUUGUUUGCCUUGCUUUUUGAAUUAAGCUCAAACAGCAAGAGGAUAAUUUCUUGGAAACAACAGAAAGUAGUUUGCUAACCCACUAAAGCAGCUACGUUCCGACAAUUGGUGUUAUUUUCACGUGUAAAGCUGAACGUGCGCUGACACUAGACAUGAGAUUUAACGGAGAGAUGUUAUAGAUUUUUUUGAAGAGUGUUUUGGACCGAAGACGGGGCCUUGCUUACUAGCUAACGCCAGUUAAGUGAGUUUAACGUUAUUCAGUUUAGCUGUUCAAAAGUCAGAUUAGUUUCGAUAGCUUCUUUUUCUGUUAUUCGUUUAAUUAAGGAACCCGCCACCAAACAGUUGUUUGGACAGUUGGUGCCUCCUCAGGUUCCUGCCAUGGCUGACAGCAGCAUAGUGACUUUAGGGACGGCUCGGAGUCUGUUGGUGGAUUCUUCGGUCUAUGACUCCAGGAUUGCUGAAACCACUAAGGACCAUGCGUUUCUGAGCAUGGCAUUCGAAGAUGGAGAAGAUAUGCUGCCGAAAGUGCAGACAAGGGUCGUUCUGGUGGGAGAAGCUGGCAGAAAUGGAGCACUGGUGAAAGCGCUGCAGGCCAUCAGUGUAAUGGAGGUACCGGUGGUAAAGAUAAGAGAAGGCGAGGCGGGUGCUGAAGAGAAAACGAUGAUAAAAUCUAUAGUCAAUAUGGACAUCAACACCCCGUGCAUAAUGACAGACAACGUCCAGGAGUUUGGAGAUGGAGAGAACACAGAAUUUGAGACUGUGUUCGUCCUCACAGACUUUCAGUCGUCUGAUUACCACUACCUCUACAAGCAUGACAACCGCAUUGUUGGUCCUCCUGUUGUGCUGCACUGUGCUAUGAAGAAAGAACCUCUACAGUUUUCAUGUCGUCCUCUUUACUCCACCACCAUGCUUAACCUGUCGCUGUGCUUCACCGGCUUCAGAAACAAAGAGGAAAUGAAGAACUUAGUGAAUCUUGUUCAUCACAUGGGUGGGAUCAUCCGGAAAGACUUCAGCACCAAGGUUACACAUCUUAUUGCCUACUCCACGCAUGGGGAGAAAUAUAGGCUUGCAGUGUGUAUGGGGACGCCCAUCCUCACUCCAUCAUGGAUUCAUAGGGCCUGGGAGAGAAGAGAUGAUGUGCACUUCCAUGCUGGAGAUGAGGAAUUUCGAACACAGUUCAAAGUGCCUCCCUUCCAGGACUGUAUCCUCAGUUUUUUGGGUUUCUCAGAGGAUGAGAAGGCCAACAUGGAGGAGAGGACUCUUAAACAUGGUGGCAGGUACCUUGAGGUUGGAGAUGAGGAUUGUACACAUGUGGUAGUGGAGGAGAACUCGGUUAAGGAGCUGCCAUUUUCUCCAUCCAAACAACUCUUUGUGGUCAAACAAGAGUGGUUCUGGGGAAGCAUUCAGAUGGAUGCUCGAGCCGGAGAGUCCAUGUACCUCUAUGAGAAGAGCGAUAGCCCAGCCAUGAAGAAGGCAGUUUCUCUCCUGUCCCUCACCACCCCCAACAGUAAUCGUAAGCGUCGACGUCUGAGGGACACACUGGCUCAGUUCACCAAAGAGACUGAGAUUUCCCCCUUCCCUCCACCACGCAAAAGGUCAUCAGCAGAGCACUCCCUAUCCAUGGGUUCUCUGCUAGACAUCUCUAACACCCCUGAGACAUGCAAGUCCUUCUCAGACAGAGUAGGAAACUGUUCUGAGAGCAACAGAGGAUAUACUUUGACCAGGAAUAGGAUGAGAAGAAGGAAAACCAGGGAAAGGAAGGUUAGGACAGACAGGGGUGAGUGGAGGAAAAGAUCCUACCUGAUUACAAGUACUCUUCAACAACUAGAGGUGGAGCAGCAGCAGCCAGGAACUUCUACAGAGAGCUCAAAGCCAUCCAAGAGUUCAACUCCAGUUCUCUCCAAGCAGUCAGCCAGGUGGCAGGUCUCCAAGGAACUUUACCAGACUGAGAGCAACUAUGUAGACAUUUUAAGCACCAUCCUACAGCUUUUCAAAUUCCCACUGGAAAAAGAGGGGCAGGUUGGAGGACCCAUCCUGGCCCCAGAAGAAAUUAAGACAAUAUUUGGCAGCAUUCCAGACAUCUAUGAGGUUCACACCAGAAUAAAGAGUGACCUUGAGGAGCUCCUGACAGACUGGUCGGAGGACGGCAGUGUUGGGGACAUCAUCCUUAAAUAUUCUAAAGAGCUGGUGAAGGCUUACCCACCCUUUGUCAACUUUUUUGAAAUGAGCAAGGAGACUGUCGUUCAGUGUGAGAAACAAAAACCACGCUUUCAUGCUUUUCUCAAGAUCAACCAGGCCAAGCCAGAGUGUGGCAGGCAGACACUAGUGGAGCUGCUCAUCAGACCUGUACAGAGACUGCCUAGUGUGGCCCUUCUUCUUAAUGACAUAAAGAAACAUACGUCCAAUGACAACCCAGACAAGAUAAGACUGGAGAAAGCAAUUGAGUCUCUGAAAGAAGUCAUGACUCACAUCAAUGAGGACAAGAGGAAGACUGAAAGCCAGAAGCAGAUCUUUGAUGUUGUGUAUGAAGUUGAUGGCUGUCCUGCCAACUUGCUGUCCUCCCAUCGCAGUCUCGUUUACCGAGUUGAAACAAUUGCCCUGGGAGACCAGCCAUGUGACCGUGGAGAACAUGUUACGUUGUUCCUCUUCAAUGACUGCCUUGAGAUUGCAAGGAAGCGUCACAAGGUGAUGAAUACAUUUAAGAGUCCAGUGGGACAGACAAGACCACCACCACCAUUCAAACACAUUGCACUGAUGCCGCUGUCCCAGAUUCGAAGAGUGCUGGACCUGCAGGACACAGAGGAGUGCGUGAAUGCAUUCGCCUUGGUGGUUCGCCCUCCGACUGAACAUGAGAACUUGUUGUUCAGCUUCCAACUGGCUGGAGAGGAAACCGUUAAAACCAUCUGGCUGCGAACACUUUGCCGUCAUGUUGCCAACACCAUCUGCAGGGCUGAUGCUGAGGACUUGAUUCAGUGCACAGACCCAGACUCACUCCAGGUCAGCACUAAGGAUAUGGACAGCACCCUGAGCAAAGCCUCCAGGGCCAUUAAGAAAACGUCCAAAAAGGUGACGAGGGCAUUUUCUUUCAGUAAGACCCCGAAGCGUGUAAUCCAGAGGGCGUUCAUGGCCAACAGUACUCCAGACGAAAAAUGCCAGAGGCUGUGUUGUGAAAAUCGAAUCGGCAGCAGCGCCACUCUGGCUGCACACCAUUCCCCCUCCAUGGUCAAUCUGCCUUCCAUAUUUGAAAAGAAGUACCACACAUUCAGUCGUUCGACCACCCACCUCCUCUGAGAGUCUUCUUUUUGGGAGCACCAGCAUGGGUUGACCUAUCUCUUCUUUUUUGCCUUGACUGCCACAAACAGCAAGAUCUGACUGGGCAGGUCUGUGUGUAUAAAGUUAAAGCUACAUUUAGUAUGGUAAACUUGCAUUUGUCCAUACUGGAUCUCUUCACAGACUUCCCAAAUUGAGAAGAAAUUGCAUGUAGCCACAUUCUGAAAAAUGCACUGAAGCCAGGGACGGCAUUCUGCCAGUAUCAGAACUGUCUGCCUGCUUCCUGUAGUGGCUAAUUAGGGGUUAAAGAAUAAACCCAACUGUUCAUAACUGUGAAGUCUGUCAUGUCAUGUAUCCAGCUAAAAUCGGUGUAUGUUACUGAGAAAAUAGCAUUUCUGAUCUGCACAAUGCACAAGUUAGGUGCAUCCAAACAUACAUCAUGCUUGUAUUAAGACUCUCACUAAGAGCCAACUGGAAUGGUACUACACUGUGAUAGGGGCUAUAUGUGCAUGCUUACCACAGGAUCUGGUAAGGUUUGCCUUACCCUUAAAAAAUGAAGGAUUGCCUACUGUUUUUCUUUGUGUAUUGACAUAAUUUGUUUUUAAAUGUUCCUUACCAGACAUCUAUCACAUUUUAUAUUCACGUUGUCUGUUCAGAUUCCUGAUUUGUCGCCGUUAAAUGAAGUGUUAACGCUACCUGUAAGCCAAGGAAACAAAAUGUCAUCCUGAGGUUUAAAUGGGGGUUUCCCAGGAUGCUAGUUUUACUUCAGUCUGCUUUUGGCAAGUAAAUUAAUAAAGAUAAAAGGUAACAAAUGCAGGAUGUUAAGCUCUUUGAGUUUUAUGUUCUGGGUAAAAUUUCAGGGUUGCCCUCUCUUGCCCUUUUCUGUCAUGGCUAUUUUUAACUUUGUAAGCGACAUAUUAACUGACACUUAAGGUUAUUUUAUUGUAGCAGUAUAGAUUCAAUUUCACAUAUAGUAUUGUAUAUUGUAAUUAAUCCACCUUCCUUGUGUAAACCUUUCUUUGCUUCCAGCUUUUAUAAAGCUCUGAUAUUAACAUUUUAAGAGAUUUGGAUGAGAGGAAUAAAAGCACAUGCUCUUCUUCCCUGUACACCUGUCCACAUUUUAAAAGAUGUUUACAGUGUGUCUACAUUGUCUGUGUUCAAGAAGGGGAUGCUGCUUCAGUGUAAAUAUUUAUCCUUGAUCAGUUUUAUGCCUGUUCUAUUUUUUCUCCACUUUUAUAACUGUUGUUUCUCUAAUGCAGUUUUCAUUCACUUGUAUGCAGCCUUUUGUCUCUGUAUUAAAUGCACUUAAUCCAU